AACAAUGCCGGUUUGGAAAUAGCUGUUUUAGAUUAAUGCCAUUUGUUUUCAUCAGCACCAAGAAAGCCAUCAACUGUCGCAUCGGUCGCAUCUGAAUUAAUACACUGUAGUCAUGGCCUUAAGUAUGGAUGACAAGCUACUUGGAGAAAAAACUCAUUACUACUGCAGUAGCAGUGAGGGAGAGGAGGAAUCUGAUUCAGAACAUUCUCAAGGGGAAACUGGAAUCUCGAAGCAAGAUCAAGCUCCUGCAGACAUUAAUUCAUAUCAGGGUACUUGCAUAAAUACAGGUCCAAAGGGUGUGAUCCGUGACUGGCGUGAAUUUAAACAACUAGAAACAGAAAAGAAAGAAGGUCAAGAGGCAAAGAAACGAAUGCUUGAGAAGAAACUGUCUAAGACAUGUCACUCUUAUCUUAAUGAUGAAUCUGAAAAGACCAAGGAUGAAAUGUUUUUUGAAGAACUGACAGAGUUGGAGGAUGAAUUUCUACAGCAAUAUCGUAAACGCAGAAUGGAAGAGAUGAAGAAAAUGUUAGAGAACAGGCCAGUGUUUGGAAAAGUCCUGUCGUUAUCAGAAGGUGACUUACUGACGGCUAUAGAUAAUGAGAAGUCACAAGUUACAGUCAUCAUUCAUAUCUAUGAAGAGAAUUCUCAAGCUUGUGAGGCAAUGAAUGGUUGUUUGAUGUGUUUAGCACAAGAGUAUCCAAGGGUGAAAUUUUGCAAAAUUCAGGCAUCAGCUGCCACUCUGAGUGGAAACUUUGCAGCCAAUGGUGUUCCAGCACUCUUGAUAUACAGAAACCAAGAAUUGAUAGGAAACUACAUCCGAUUGUCAGAUGAAUUUGGAGAGGAUUUUUUUGCUUCUGACAUAGAGUGCUUUUUACAAGAACAUGGUGUGCUUCCAGCUGAAGAAUUAUUACCUGGUGUCCGGGAUAAAGUUACAGGGGAACUGCGAAUACCUUUGUCACAAGACGAGGACAGUGGAAGUGAUUUUGAGAUUGACUGAUAGUAACCGAAUUAAUUAUUCGUUCAAAAGACAUUUUUACCAAACUGGAAAAUAUGAUAGCAUAUUUCCACAUGCUACAUAACAA